UCAGUUUGUGUACAAAUAUAUAUACAUGUAUGUAUUUAUGGUCCGGUUGAACCGCAGCGGGGAGGAAGCUUCGGUGGCUUGCAGUGGGAGGAAUGAAAUGGAACGGGGUUAGGUUGGAUUUUGGAAUCGCGGGGGUGUGUUGCACGUAUACCACCUCCGCGUACGCGUCUGUGCUCGUUUCCGUGUAGGCGCAGGUAUAUAGGUAUAGAGGUAUAAAGAGAAACAGAAGCCGGGUUCCCCAGGUUACAUGGGGCGCACGCCCCGACCCGGGCCGGACCUGCGCGCGAAGUAAUAAUUCGGAGGUGUGUGCGGGUUCGUUCUUGUGCUCUAGCCCCGUCGCGAUCGUUGACGUGAAUUUCCAACGGCGCAGGAACCGCUUCGACGAUUCAGCGCCGUUUUCCCACCCGCGCGAGGAUUCCCGUUUAUGUGUUAUAGAGGAACGGAGUGAAGUAGUUAUAUAGCUGCUCGAAAGAAGGAGUGCAGGCAGGAUACGUAUCGUAGGGUACCGCCGCAGUGUACCUUACAGGGGACGGGAUAUAUCAAGCGACGCGAACGUUUCCACUACCAAUUUUCCCUCUUCUCUCGCCUCCCUCGUCCCCGUCGUCCGUCUAUAUAGAUUUUUAAUUAGCUUAAAGUCUGAGCCGAACGUCAGACUUCGCGGGACGAAACUCGCGAUGUUUUGAUUUUCAAUCGAUGACGAUUAAGUAUUCUUCGGAGGCGUUAUAACCCGGGCGCGAAAUGGCGACGACUGCUGUCCCGCUCCCUUCGCGGAGGUGAAAAUCAUUUUUUUUUUCUCGUUCCAUUGAAGUUGGAGGAAAGAGGCGGAGAAAUUUCGAUACGAAACCGAUCCUCAAAUAUUGGGGAUGAAGACCGCAAAUGGUUUCAAAUGACAAAGUUCACUUAUAUUUUUCUUCGAAUUUUUUUUUAACCGCAGUGCAACGAGAGUUGUCAAGUUUCACGAAAAUGGAUAACAUCCGCUUAACAAAAACAUCGAAUCGUUGAUUCCAAAGAUCAAAGAUACGCCGGAUAUAUCAUCGGACGUAUCGAAAAAAUAAUAAAAAUUCUCAACACCUGAAGAAACCUCCGAGAUGUGGUCGCGGUUGUUCUACAUUUUUUACGCAACGUUGUUACUCCUCCUGCUGCUCAUCUCACCAGAGAUCGGAGCGUUGCGAAUGACGGCGUUACAAAUACCGCAGCACGUGGUGUUCAAUCAAACGGUCAAACUAGAGUGUCAUUUCAACCUGGACCAAGAAUCUCUCUAUUCCGUAAAAUGGUACAAAGAUGGUCACGAAUUCUAUCGACUCGUACCGAGGGACAAGCCGCCAGUCCAGGUCUUCGAGUUGUCCGGCGUGUCCGUUGACAUCGCAAACUCCACGGAACGUUCGGUAGUUCUUCGUAAUGUGGAUUUGUCUAGCACAGGACGAUAUCGGUGUGAAGUAUCAGCCGAAGCCCCAUCGUUUCAGACCGUCUCCGAUCACGCGGACAUGACCGUCGUCGUUCUGCCGAGGGAAGGACCGCAUAUUUCCGGACGUCUGUCGCGGUAUCGCGUCGGGGACGUAGUGCGGAUCAACUGCACUUCAGCUCCUUCGAAGCCCGCCGCCAUGUUGACUUGGUUUAUAAACGGAGAACCCGCUGAUGCUCGGUACUUGAGAGGGCCUCCCCAUAUCACGGGGGUUGACGCCGACGGCCUCGAGACCGCGAUGCUUGGUCUCCAGUUCCAAAUAACGUCGGAACACAUAAAACGUGGCGACAUGAAGUUCGAGUGUUUGUCCACCAUAGGAACAGUUUACGAAAAGAGUAACGUUGAAAGUGUUCGCGGGGUCGGAGUGGCUGCUGGAAAUGUAGACGGUGACGACCGAAACUCCCUGAAAGCACCCGAAAGCAGGGAGACAAGGGCGCAAAGUCACACGCGGAACGACCUAGCGCACGGAUCCAGCAGCAGGAGCUGGGCCACCGCCGGCCUGACGUCGUUUUUGAUAACGUUGACGAUUCUUCUAUCCCGAUAAUAUUUUUCCCACGUUGCUUCCGUAAGUAAAAGUCAUGAUCGUGAAUCGUAAAUAAUCGUCAUAAUACAUAUGUAUACAUGAAUAAUUGUAUCUAUAGUAGGUCGUAAGUCGUGUAUUAAAAUGAUUGAUACGAAUGUACAUCUUUGAUGUGAUUUUAUCACGAAGGUAUACGCAGCGGCAGAUCUAUUUCAAGCUUGAAUGAAACAAAAAUAAAAAAAGAGAAAAAGAAGUAGAUUAAAAAAAAAAAAAACUAAUAAAAAAUGGAAAUAGCAUUUAUGUAUAAUACAUGAGACGAUGCUUCGCGGUUCCAUGUGUUUCUACGUAUACAUAUACAUAUAUAUACGUUAUAGGUAUAAUCGAAGGAUAAAAAUGUACAGACAUGUGUAAAAAAUAUUGCUAAUACGAUCAGUUACAGCUCUAGGAAGAAAAAGACAUACAUAUAUAGUAUUUAUAGCAUUAACCAAGCGCUUUUUUUGGAUAAAAAAAAUUCAACCUCAAUUCGGAGAUGAAGAAAUUAGAGCUACGACGAUUUCGGAGUCCACGCAAUUUAUAAUUCCAUUAUAUAUAUUUUAUAAAUUUGUAUAACGCCAAUUUUACCGUCACACAUCACGUACCAUUUAUAUACCACGCAUAUCGGUGACGUCGAGGACACAGCGAUGCCCGAUUCGCUUGUAAGAAAGGGAGAAAAAAAAAAAAACAAGAUGGCCUGGACAAAUAUAAACCUAUAUGACGGAGAAAGCGAGGGAAAAUGGGAAACAAGAAAUGUAUAGUUUAUUCAAGAAGCAAGAAAAUUGACAAAGAUGUAUAUCUGCAUAAUUGAAGCAAGUACCUACACUCAGCUAUAUCGACCGUAUUUCUAUUUGAAUGUGUGAGUAUCGCGAGGUCGAGUGGUGAUCCUGGAAUAUACCUAAAUACAUAUACAUUGUGUACAAAUACAUGUGUGUAGAUAGAGAAACCAGCGCAUAUUAUUAUCGUUAUCAUUGUAUAGUUUAUGACAUACCCUAUGACGCGAAAAUAACCCGAUCAUCGUAUUUAUCGAAUUGAAGUCCGGGGAAUCGCCGAUCGUCGUCGCCGAGUGAUUAUACGAUUAUUCAUUAAAUAAUACAUAUAAUUAACGAGAGAAUUAAUUACGCUUGUGAGGAAGGAAGAGAAUAAAAAAAAAAGAAAAAAGAAACUUAAAAGUAUUGAAUAUUAUUAUAAUUAUAUACAACUUUGCGGAAAAUCAAUAUUUAGGUAUAUAACUUACGUUAUAAUGAAUGUACAGUAUUAUACUUAUAGUCACUGCAGGGGUUUAAGAAAAAAAAAAAAAAGAAAAAAGAUCAGACAAGGUUCACGAGGAUUUCAUUAGUCUGAAUAACAUUAUUAUAGGUGAAACAUUCUACUUCGCUAUACGAUUCUUGAGAGAGAAAUCGAACAUUAUGUUAUACAUACAUGCAAUAUAUACUUUUUAUUGUUCAUAUAUUUUUUAUCAUUCGUUUACAUAGUUUCUCAAUUAAUUUUAUUCAAACUUAUCGUUAUCACUGUACAGAAAACUUGCCACGUCGUUAGAAAUAAAGAAGGAAAAAAUUAAAUGUCCUCGAUGAAAAUUUACGUCAGUAUUAUUACAUUAUCUUUAUAGUUUAUUGAACCCGCAUAUAGGUAAAUAUAAACAAGUAUGUGCAUCGUGAAAUUUAAUACAUUAAUACUUAGAAAUAAUAUUAUGAUAAAAUGAAAUGCGAAACAGGUAAUCGGAGAUCUGCAUUAUACCGCACUUGUGAAUAUGUAAAUAAUUUUCAUGGUUAUACAUUAAUGAGAGAAAACAAAAAGAAAACAAAAAAAAAGAUAGAACGAACUUCGUUAUAUCCGAAUAAUUAAUACGACUAUCUGAUACGCUAUGAAAUAUAUAUAUAUAUAUAAAAUACAACAGGUAAGAAAAGAAAAAAUUAAAAAUAUUAAUAUUUAUAUGUACAACAAUCGUUACAUACGUGGUGCAGCAAAUAAUAGGCGUUAUUAAAGUUCUGUUACGUUUUCUUAAGAAAUAUUAUACGUUGUAGAUUAUGUAUUGCAUAGAGAAAAUUGCUGAAUAUACAUAUAUAUGUUAUAUAAUUACGAUAAGUUGUAUUAAAUUUUUGAGCAAUAGCCGCAAAUGUUAUAAUUAUCUUCAGUAGCGUAAUCGAUUUAUUGCCGAAUAUUUUUUCUAACGUUAUACAAUAUAUAUUCAAAUUUUAUCCUCAUUUAUAAUAUAUUUCAAGUCAGAACGAUCUGGUAUCGAUUUGACGAUUAUUACACAAGUACCUUCAGAAAAUCUGCUUCACCUUAAAUUUAUCGCCGAAAUCUGCAGUGGAACGUUUCUUUUUUUUUGUGCCACUUACUAUAAGUUCUUUUACAUUACGAGCAUAUUGUGGUAGGAGAUUAUGAACGGGACGUUAUUAUUACGUCUUAUAAUAAAUGAUGUCAGCAGCAGUAGGAGAAGAAGAAGAAUCGGAAAAAGAAAAAAAAAAAGAAAUGGAGUGUAGUUAAUGUACUUUAAUAAAGAGUUGCUGCCCACUUGGAAAUAUUUAAUUAAUAUAGAACACGUCUAUAAUUGUAAUGGGAGAACGUAGACGAGCGACAGCAGCGUACGAAUGUCUGCACAAAUUGAAAAAAUAUGAAAAAAAAAAAAAACAAAAACCACAAAUAAUAUAUAAAAAUCAGAGGUGCAGAAACUGGUGUACAACAAUCUAGGCGAAUUGAAAUUAGUAACAAAGAGGAAGAGAAGAAUACAUGUAUACAGAAUUUUGUUGAAUUUUCUAUAGAUGAUUUGUUCGCUGAUUUUUUCUUUCGGAGAUCAUCAAUUCUCAAUUUCAAUCAUUUGUCCAACUGAUUAAAUUAUGUGAUCUCCGCAAGCUUCGGCGUUAAACUAUACGAUAUUGUAACCUAUGGUAUAUGCACAUUUCUCGUAUGUAUAUGAUAAAUGUAUCGGUAAAUUGAUUAUUACUUUUGGAUCGAAAAAUAAAGCUUAGUUUGUUCAAAAUUUUUAUCAAAUCAAAGUGAAGCGAAGGUGAAAUAAUUAGAUCAUUUAGAGGCUGUAUGAAACGCAGCUGCGUUGUAGAUGCUAAUCCAUGCGGAGGAUAUUAGAAAGAAAAAAAACCUCGAAGAAAAUAAUUAAGCAGAUUUUUCUAACGCGAUAUAAUAAUUUAUAAUGAGCAUACCCAAUACUCGUUUGUAAUAUUCAUUCGCAUUCGAACGGUCCUAUUAUUACAUACGUAUUACUGUGUAUGAAAAAAUUAUAUCGAGUAUAAAAUAAUAACAAUGUAAUAAAGUAAUUUUCAUCCGAA